AUGCAAGGCCGGUUUCUCACAGCUGCGGAAAGACUUGAUAAGCCUUCUCGCCGUCACCGCAAUCUUUCUACGACUGAAGACGAAAUGCGUUAUUUCAUCUAUUAUCCACCAACAAAAUCUAUUCGACAGAUUGACGUUAUUGACACUGUUCGUGUUCAAGAUAUCAUCAAACAAGUUAAGCAUGAAUUUCACUUAACGUCGCAAGGCUCUGGACAAUCUGAAACAUCGAUAGUUCUCAACUAUAAUGGUAGUGAUUUAAAACCAAAAUGGACUGUAGGUGAUUUAGGAAUACCUUCAGGUGCAAUUAUUCGGUGUCUUUAUCGCGAGAAAAAAGCAGCUGAUCUUUAUGUCUACUGCGCAUUUAAUCGACAAAUAGUAAAACUUUUCGAUUCAACAAUCACAUUGGAGACAACGAUUGGCACGAUUCGAAAGAAAUUAUCCGAUACACUUGGCCUACCACUGAGUACAUUUUGCUUGGAAAAUCGAGAUGGCCGUGUGCGAUAUUAUGAUCAUAUGAAAUUGAUUAAUUACGAUAUUAAAUUAAACGGACGGAUCUGUCAUAUGGACUUAGCCAUUAGUUCAAUGCAAAUGGGUGGUCGUAACGAUCGUUCCGUCGGUGAACAUCCCAGUCGUCAAUGGAGUUCAGUGUUUACUGAAAAGUCUUUACCGGAAAUUGAAAAGUGUCCCUUCCACAUUGCCAUCGAACAGGCUCAAAUGAAAAUUGUUGAUUUAUUCGUUCGUCAUAAUAUUCUUUGCACACAAGUUCGACAUCCGGUGAAUGGCUAUUUACCUUAUCGGUUAGCUUUAAAUCUGUCAAGCCAAGCUAAUGUCAAUCAGUUGAAAGACAAACAACAGCUUUAUAGUGAAAUCUUUUUUUAUCUCUACGAUAAACAGUUUAAUCUAAAAAUACCAUUGAAUGCAAACGGGGAACACAUACAAGCACUACUUGGAUCAUCGACAUCGGUCGGUGUAAUAACACAUUAUUCUCAGCACCAUGUACUGAUCUCGUUGAAAUUAUAUUGUAAAAUAAUAAAGUGGUAUGAAUGUGCUCGUGAAUCGGCAUGGAAGAAACACGGUGGAAAUUUUUAUUCGAAUCCACAAGCGAAACGCAUUUAUCCUAAAACUGGUCUGCUUGGAUAUAAAGUGUUAAUUGAUGGUUACAACAACACGUUCGACGUUGUUCACGAACAAUUUUUACAACAACAAUCAAGUGUAACUAAACAAAUUGGUGAUUCUGAUUAUGUCGAACGAUAUUUUGGCAAAGAUGAUUAUGAAAAGCAAAAGUAUUUGAGGAUGAAAACAUAUAUGAAACAAUGUGGUCUAGAUGAUAGACAUCGUAAGGGAAAUGUGGCACCAACAUUCACUGAUCAAAGACGAUUCAUGAUGCUUAGACGACAACUGCCAUACAUAGGUAAAAUCGACCAAAAUAAGGAUACAAAAGCCUUUAACAGAACUACUACUAUGCCGACCAGUAUUCAACCAUCUCUUCCGAGUCUGACAUCAUCAGCGGAAUUUUUACGUCAGCAAAGUAACAACUGGCAAGUCACAAGCAGUCAACAGUUGAUAUUUUUACCCACAACAUCAAAUGAAUCUGUAUCACAAGAACUAUCAGGUAGUGAAAUCAAACACUUAGCAACAGAAAAGUCAAUGGAAAAAGGGAACACGAUCGCUACUGAUAAUAAUGAGAGAACAAGUAUAGUUAAUGUAAUAACAAUAGCUCCGUCAACAACUACUCAGUUGACAACAACGACUAUAACAUCAACGGAAUCAGCAAACGAAAAAAGAGACACCAUUCAAAGUGAGCCUCAUAAAAAAACAGUUAUGCACGAUCAUAAAGUACCAUCACUACCAUACAUAGCAUCCAGCUCACACAAGCUACAAGUAACUGCUCAAGGCAAUAAUAAUACAUCCAGUCCGUUAGCUCUUAAAAGUGACCAUGCAACGAAAACAAUGUCUGCUGCUAAUGCUUACAGUUUGGCUGCAUCUAGAGCUGCUUUAAAAGCUCAGCUGAUAUCCAAACAACGUCUGAUUACGAAUAGACAAAGGGAAACAAAAUUACUUUUGAUCACCAAUGAUCAUGUGGCAUCCAAUAUCACCACUCAAGUUAGUUUGCAUUCCAUGAAAACCCGCAGCGAUUAUCAUGAGAAUGAUGACAAUGAACAUGAUGCACUCUUAGACUCCAACAAUCACGUUCCACUGCCAGAUUAUCCUGCUGGCAUACGUCAACGUCCAAUCAAAUCUCGAGUAGAUGUAGAAGUGCAUCGUUCAACUGUUCAGCCAUACGAACGUUAUUCAAGUGCCAACACACGUGACACAGCCAUUACGUGUUUGAAAGAAGCUGCGUACUUUAAACAAAAAUCAUGGCUAAAACAAGUUAACAUAAGUAAAGAAAUGGUGAGACAUAAAGUAAAACAACGAAUUCGUCGAGCCCAUGGGAUAAUUUUCGAUCACGAGGAUGAGGAUACUGCUGAGAACAGUGAUCAACCAUCAGAAGUUCCCACGAUAAAAACAACGUGCGCAACAGUUGCAUCGGAUAAUGCGAUAAAUUCCUUAUUUGGGAAUAAAUCAUUGCCUCUAGCCACAUCGACACAGCUUACGGUUAAAAUGACAUGA